AUGACGUGCUCCAAGAAGUUCAUGCGGAACUACAAGGGGUUUGACGCUGUGGAUGUCCAUCUCGCGGAUGAUGGAAUCGUCCAAGCAAUUGGCAGUGGGGACAUUGUCAUAAACCUGUUCUCGGUCGGCCGCUUCACCAAGGAUGUCGGCCCAGUGACGUUCACGAAGGAUGGGUGCUAUGGAGAAGCGAAAGGGACCAAGUGGAAAAUUGGUGCCCGUGAAGGUAAAGGACUGUUCAAGCUGCAAAUGACUCCAGUGGCGCCGGAACAAGCAAAUGCAGCCAAGUCGUCGGGAUGUCAAGGGGGCACCAAGUCGUACCUCUGGCACCUUCGGCUUGGCCACAUAGGUCACGAUGGACUCAAUUGCAUCGUGACGAAGAACAUUGGAAUUGGCAUCGACAUAUCUUCGGUGAAGAAGUGGGACGUGUGUGAAGGUUGUGCUCUGGGAAAACAGACUCGAGUGCGCUUCCAAUCAAACACUACAGCUCGCACCUCCAAACUCCUCAAGUGA